UGCCCGGGAGGAAGUGGGGAGGAGGAGACUCGUCGGGAGCCGCUCCUCCCCUCCCACUCCGAUCUCCUGGAUCAGGAUCCCAGCUCACGGAUCGUUCGUGCGGUCAGUGGUCUGCAGGGAGCCCCUUCCCCUCCGAACCUGAGUCCCUCUAAGCGCCAGGCCCUGCCCCCUCCCAGCUGUGGAAACUGCAGGGUGACCUGAAACCAACAGAGCCAUGGCGACUCCCUCUGCUGCCUUUGAGGCCCUUAUGAAUGGAGUCACAAGUUGGGAUCUCCCUGAAGAUGCCGUCCCAUGUGAACUGCUGCUUAUUGGAGAGGCCUCCUUUCCCGUGAUGGUGAAUGACAUGGGCCAGGUCCUCAUUGCUGCCUCCUCCUAUGGUCGAGGCCGCCUCGUGGUCCUGUCCCAUGAGGACUACUUGGUGGAAGCCCAGCUCACUCCCUUUCUCCUCAACGCUGUGGGGUGGCUUUGUUCUUCCCCUGGGGCUCCCAUUGGUGUGCACCCAUCACUGGCACCUUUGCUCAAAAUCCUCGAGGGCUCUGGAGUGGAGGCAAAGAUUGAGCCAGAGGUGAAUGACUCCCUGGGAGUUUACUGUAUCGAUGCCUACAACGAAACCAUGACUGAAAAGCUGGUCCAGUUCAUGAAGAGAGGAGGGGGCUUGCUCAUGGGAGGCCAAGCCUGGGAUUGGGCCAACCAGGGCGAUGAUGAAAGGGUUCUGUUCACGUUCCCUGGGAACCUGGUGACCAGCGUGGCUGGGGUAUACUUCACUGACAAUAAAGGGGACACAAGUUUCUUUAAAGUCUCCAAGAAGAUGCCCAAGAUCCCGGUCUUAGUGAGUUGUGAAGAUGACCUCUCCGAGGACAGAGACGAGCUCCUGCAUGGGAUUUCAGAGCUGGACAUCAGCAACUCCGACUGCUUCCCAUCCCAGCUGCUAGUGCACGGGGCCUUAGCCUUUCCCCUGGGGUUAGAUUCCUACCAUGGCUGUGUGAUAGCAGCUGCCCGCUAUGGCCGGGGCCGGGUGGUUGUGACUGGCCAUAAGGUGUUAUUCACAGUGGGGAAACUGGGCCCCUUUCUGCUCAAUGCUGUCCGCUGGCUGGAUGGGGGCCGCAGAGGCAAGAUCGUGGUGCAGACAGAGCUGAGAACGCUGAGCGGCCUGCUUGCAGUGGGGGGCAUAGACACCAGCAUUGAGCCCAAUCUCACCAGUGACGCGAGUGUCUAUUGCUUUGAGCCUGUGAGUGAAGUGGGGGUCAAGGAGCUGCAGGAGUUUGUAGCAGAGGGCGGCGGGCUGUUUGUUGGAGCCCAAGCCUGGUGGUGGGCCUUCAAGAACCCAGGGGUGUCCCCUUUGGCUCGAUUCCCUGGAAACCUCCUCCUCAACCCCUUUGGCAUCAGCAUCACAAGCCAAAGCCUCAAUCCAGGGCCCUUCCGUACCCCUAAAGCAGGGAUAAGGACCUAUCACUUCCGUUCCACCCUGGCUGAGUUCCAGGUUAUAAUGGGCAGAAAGAGAGGGAAUGUGGAGAAGGGCUGGCUGGCCAAGCUGGGCCCAGACGGUGCAGCCUUCCUCCAGAUCCCUGCAGAAGAGAUCCCUGCCUACAUGUCCGUGCACCGACUCCUGAGGAAGCUGCUCAGUCGCUAUCGGCUCCCCGUAGCCACCCGAGAGAACCCCGUUAUCAAUGACUGCUGCAGGGGGGCCAUGCUUUCCCUGGCCACUGGCCUGGCCCACUCUGGAAGCGACCUCUCUCUGUUAGUCCCGGAAAUUGAAGACAUGUACAGCAGCCCCUAUCUGCGCCCUUCCGAGUCCCCCAUCACCGUGGAGGUCAACUGUACCAAUCCAGGCACCCGAUACUGCUGGAUGAGCACCGGGCUUUACAUACCUGGAAGGCAAAUCAUAGAAGUCUCAUUGCCGGAAUCUGCUGCCUCUGCAGAUCUGAAGAUCCAGAUUGGCUGCCACACGGAUGACCUGACCAGGGCCAGCAAGCUGUUCCGAGGCCCCCUGGUGAUUAACCGGUGCUGCUUGGACAAACCCACAAAGUCCAUCACCUGCCUCUGGGGUGGCCUCCUCUAUAUCAUUGUGCCUCAGAGCAGCAAACUGGGUUCUGUGCCCAUCACCGUUAAGGGAGCUGUGCAUGCUCCCUACUACAAGCUGGGGGAGACAUCCCAGGAGGAGUGGAAGAGGCGUAUCCAGGAGAAUCCAGGUCCCUGGGGAGAGCUGGCCACGGACAACAUUAUCCUGACGGUGCCAACUGCAAAUCUACGUGCUCUGGAGAACCCUGAGCCACUGCUCCGCCUCUGGGAUGAGGUGAUGCAGGCGGUGGCACGACUGGGAGCCGAACCCUUCCCCUUACGUCUGCCUCAGAGGAUUGUCGCUGACGUGCAGAUCUCAGUUGGCUGGAUGCAUGCUGGGUACCCCAUCAUGUGCCAUCUGGAGUCCGUGCAGGAGCUCAUCAAUGAGAAGCUCAUCAGAACCAAGGGGCUGUGGGGCCCCGUGCACGAGCUGGGCCGCAACCAGCAGCGGCAGGAGUGGGAGUUCCCACCGCACACCACCGAGGCCACCUGCAACCUGUGGUGUGUUUAUGUGCAUGAAACAGUCCUGGGCAUUCCUCGAGGCCGUGCCAAUAUUGCCCUGUGGCCCCCAGUUCGGGAGAAGCGUGUCCGAAUCUACCUGGGCAAGGGACCCAAUGUGAAAAACUGGAAUGCAUGGACCGCACUGGAGACGUAUUUACAGCUCCAGGAAGCCUUUGGCUGGGAGCCAUUCAUCCGUCUCUUCACAGAGUACAGGAACCAGACCAACCUGCCCACAGACAAUGUCGACAAAAUGAAUCUCUGGGUCAAGAUGUUCUCCCACCAAGUGCAGAAGAACCUGGCUCCAUUCUUUGAGGCCUGGGCCUGGCCCAUCCAGAAGGAAGUGGCUACCAGCCUGGCCUAUCUGCCUGAAUGGAAGGAAAAUAUUAUGAAAUUAUACCUCCUCACACAGAUGUAAGGAGUGCCCAUCGAGGUGGCAGGCCCCACUGAAAUUGAAGUCAAGAGACGGGAAGAAAGAACCGGCACAUCUCGGCAAAGACAAAGGCAUUUGGUGAUACGUGAAGAUGAUCUCAACACCUUUCUGGAAGAGAAAAAGUGGAAGCAGCUUGAUAAGAGUGAAGGUACCUUUCAGACAGAAUAGAAGCUGAUCUGAGCAACAUGACCCCAAAGAGACUCGAGCAUCAAAGGAGUCCCUCAACUAAAGAACUGUACCCGCUGUAUAACUGACCCCCCUCCCCACCCCCACCCCCUAUCCCCCACCCCCGUGCACAGAACACAGGCGCCUGCUGUCAGUGCCAGUUAAAGAUUCCUCGUUGUUGUUGUUGUCAUUGUUGUUUGUAUAAAGAAAUUGAAUAAACUGCCUGAGGAGAGGUAAGAGUCGGUGCUCCAAAUAAAAUCGCUCUUUUUGUGGAAACAAGUGCCCCCUCACCCCCUGCCAGCCUAAAUCAGCUAAUUUUCUUCGGAAAGUUGAGACCGCUACCCAAGAGCCCCAGGGCUUCCAUGCAGAGAAGCAGCCGGAGAAACAGACCUGUCCACAUGACAGCAGAGGAAACCCACCGACGCCUACCAAAGUCAGUAGUUAAUAUUGAUUCUGGGAUGUGAACUUUUAGCUAGGAAAUCCCACACACAGAGGGCAGGAGGCAAGAGCAGGGACGAAACAUAAGAAAAAUAACCAUGUAGAAUUAGGGGUGUUGAAUGUAUUAUGAACUCCGGAGGGAAAGAAUAACUGAAAGUCCACACCCUAUCUUCAGAGAGAUUAGAGGUGCAUUUGUAAAAUGGUAACGGGACAGUGCGAAGAAAGGGAAAGCUGUGGAUAACAAAAGCCCCUUGAAAGCAAAAUAAGACUGAAAAGUCCUCUGUGGACAGGCUGGAAAGUGAAGUUGAGGGUCUCCCCAGAUGUAGAGCAAAAAGAAAGAGAAAAUAUGAAGGAAGGAAAGAGACCUAGACAAUCAAUAUCAACCACUGGCCAUUCCUAGAAGGGAGAACACAGAGAAAGAAUUGAAGAGUAGAAAAACAGGUUGAGGAACCCCAGUUCUAUCUACACCUAGACAGCCUUCCAGAAUUUUGGAUUAUUAAGAAAUGUGUCCAAGGAGAAAAAAACUAAAAUUAGUUCAACUAAAAUCGGAUGAGAAAUAGACUGACAGCAGAGUUUUCAUCAGGGACCCUGAAUUCAAGAAGUCAUGGGAACAAUGUUUUCACACAACUUCUGGAAAACAUUGGUUUUGGGAAUUCCGUAGAAGGCAGGCGGUCAAGAAGAACACCAACAUGAAGACAUGUUCUGGCAUGCAAGUUUCAAAGUCUACCUUCUUUUACCCUCCCUGAGGAAGUACCUUGAGGAAGUUUCCCAGAAAAAAAUGAUGAAACCCAGGAAAGAAGAUGAAAUAGGAUCCAUAUGGACCUCACCCCAAGACGUCUCACUCUAGAGUGAUGUUCAUCUGGAAGGACGUCUAGAGUGAUGGUCACCUGGAAGGAUGUCUCACUCUAGAGUGACGUUCAUCUAGAAGGAUGUCUCUCUCUAGAAUGAUGGUCACCUGGAAGGAUGUCUCACUCUAGAGUGAUGGUCAUCUGGAAGGACGUCUCUCUGAGUGACAGUUGUCCAGCAGACCCUUUUUGGGGGAGAGUGCAUAGUCUUCGUCUCUAUGGAGAAUGUGCAUUCAGGGCCAUAGGUAGUAUCAUUGAGAAGCUGGAAUGUUUGAGAAGAAACACAGUCUUUAGUCAACAAAAAAGAAAGUUGAAUCGAAAAUGUCAAGAAAUUCCAGUCCAAUUGUGAAGCAAAAUAAAAUGGGGCAUGAUUUUGGUUACUCAAAGUGUGGAAGAAGACUUGAGUUGACAUUGACGGUAGGUAUGUUUCCUUUCCAGUGAUCCAGGCACCAUGACAUAAGGGGUGUGGUGAAAAGACAGCCUGGCUGCUACUUGGCUCUCAGUAUAAAGUAUUUUCAUACCCCAAAUCUUGGAGAUGCCAUUUAUUGUCUUCAGUGUUCUGAUCAACUAUCUGACAAAGUCGUAAAAAUGGCUGAAGUGUUUUUAUUCAGAACUAAAGCUAAAUGUAAUGCUGACAAAUUAGGGUAAAAGAAACCAGAAAGAGGUCGAGAAUUAGCUGAGGAAAGAAAAGUAGAAAGGACGUUUAGGGCUACUUAUAUGUUCAAAGUGGGGGUAAAAAGAUAAGGUAUUCAAUUAAUAGAACAAAAAAUAGACAAUUAGUGCAUCGAUCAAAGCUAUAAAUUAAACCAACAAAAGUAUUAAAAACAACAUAUCUAUCAAACAUUUGGAGAAGUAUGGGCAAAGGAAAAGUACAGAGAGUGUAAGCUAAAUCCUUAUCUUUUGUAAUGGGGAAUUAUCAAAGAUUGUCUAAAGUUAAUCAAGAAAUUAUUGUUCAAACAAUAUUUAAAGUAGAAAGUUAGUUACCAGAAGAUCCAAAAAAUAUUGUUAAAAGUAUCUAGGGAACUGGACUAGGGCUUAAGGGGUCGGGUGGGAAACUGUGAUUUUCAUUUUAAGUCCUUCUGUACUAUUUAAUUUUUUACCUUGUGCAUGUAUUACUUUGAAACAUUUUUAAUAAAGUCAAAUAAAAAUC